AAAACGAACAAGUCCAAAGCAAAAGUGCUAUAUCUGUGUGAGACUGGUGCAAAAAUGAAUUCUACAAUAAUUUUGCUUAAAAUUAGUGCUGUGAAAACGAGUUUAAUUUAGUGUUGCUUCAUCUACAGAACGUAUAAGAACGGAAGGAUUUUGUGUAGCCACUAAUUUAUUACAUAUUCCAGUUAUAUAGUUAGGUUGGAAAGUCCGCCAUGAAUGUUGUAUUAGGAUUCGCGUUCUUCUCCACUGUAUUCCUGAGCAGUGUUCAUCCUCAAGCUGGCUGGGGACGAACACAAAAAGGUGGCAAAUCCGCAGAUGUUUUACAAGAGGUCCAAAUCCCGAUUAUUUCUAACACAGAAUGUCGAGGAUUGUACAGCAAAAUUGGAAAAACGUUUUCUGAGAAACAGUUCGAUAAUGCGGUACUGUGUGCUGGAGCUUUGGAAGGUGAAAGAUAUUUCUGUCAGAGUGACAGUGGAGGUCCAUUAAUGCUUCCACGACGCGUUAAUGGUGAGUUUUUAUACUACCAAAUAGGAACGUCAUACGGUUUUGGGUGCGCGCGAGCAGAGUUUCCUGGAAUUUACACGAGACUGACACGUUUCGUAGACUGGAUCCAAGAAAAGGUAGCUAAGCCAGUGUGAAUGAACUUUGUAAAAAGUUGACUAAUUUCCAUUUGAACCAUGACAAUGAUUUAGAUUAUAAAUAAAUGUUGUUUCGUAGACAGUUUUA